AAUGUUGUAUAUUUUUUAGGUGAAAAUGAAUAUUUUUAAGAAAUAGUCUGUACAACUGCUUGUAAAAAUGAAGGAAAACUAUGUUAUUUUAAUGUUUUGGUUAUUUCUUAAUUUAUCAUCAGUGAGAUGUGUUUAUUCCAAUUUCUUGGAUCUGGAAUUUCAGUCGGAACCUUUAACGGUCAUGGUGACGCCGCGUGACGGCAGGGUGGUCUUCCGUUGCUCGGCCUCUCCGCCCUCCGCAGUCAUAACUUGGCUGUGGAACGGCGAACCUCUGACUCAGGAAUCGGAGGGUGGAUUCAAUGUAGGUCAUCAUAAAUUAGUUGUAAAUCUACCAAAGAAAAACAGAGAAGAGAUCGAUCUUUAUGAUAAUAGCAAAAUUCAGUGUCUAGCUCAUCAUAAGAAAAGAGCUUUACUUAGUCUGCCUGCCAGUCUCAUAAUUGGAAAACUAGAUCCAUUUCCUCCUCAAAAUGACAUCAAUAUGGAAAUUGUGAGAGGGAAUACAGCAGUCAUUCCAUGCCUUCCUCCACCCAGUGUGCCAAUUGCAGUCACUGAAUUUCACUUUCAAGACACUGUUAUCAGUAGAUCAACAGAACGAUAUCAUCUGAUGCCUUCAGGUAAUCUACAGAUUUUUGGAGUUCAGGCAAAUGAUUCUGGUUCAUAUCGCUGUGAUGUAAUUAAUCCUUUUCUGAAUGAAAAAAGAAUGGGAAAACAUCAAACUGUACUUUCUGUGAUAGAAGAAAAAGAAAAUAAACGUUCCUCUUUCCUAAUGAAUCCCAUAAAUCAGACAAAUGUCAUUAUGGGAAGUAACGUGACACUAGAAUGUGUGGUGCAAGGUUUUCCCAUUCCAAAUAUAACAUGGGAAAAACAAAAUGGAUAUUUACCUAGAGGAAGACAUUUGCAAGUAGGAGGUAAAGUUUAAAUUUUCUACUUUUAUAUGAAGUUAG